ACACGGACAUCUACGACGACGGCCGUUUACCAUUGCCAAUAGUGUGUGUGUGAGAUUCGAUCGAUGUCCAAAAUCCUCAAUUUUGUACACACAAACACAUUCCACUCCUAUCUUGUAUUGUUUUGUGUUAAGAUACUUGAUUUUUUCUAAAAUAUAUUAGCACAUCCAAAUAUCUUGAUGCGCUAGCUUCACGUAAAAUUGAGUUAUAUUCUUUUGGUAAUAUUGUCGGUAUUUUGUUUCGCUUUACCACGAACCAACUUCACGUUCUUGUUUGCCAUCAUGAAGUGAUCAUCGUCAACAAAUAUUAAAUAGUAAAAGAAAAAAAAUUCUUGUCGCUUUUUAUUUGUCUGUGUGUGUGUGUGUUUUAUUCAAUCUAUCUUCAUUAUUCAGGUUUUGUUCUCUGAUUCUAUUUGGGAUGGUGAAUGAAAUAAUACCACCGUAUUAAAAAAAAAUUGAACCUUUUAUAGAUCAAUCUUUUGUUUGUCUAUGUGGUGUGCAAAUUUAAGUGAAUAGAAAUGAAAAUUUUUUUUUUCAAUAAAAUUUAAAUUUAAUUCAACAAUUUUUUAGCUAUUAUUUUUGUUUGUGUGUUGUUAUAAUCACGCCCAUCAACAAUUGCAGUAAAAGAUCCAAACGAGUGAUUUAUUCUGUCAAUUUUACUUUGUUGAUUGUCAUCCACGACGACAACAACGACGUUGUCGAUACAUCGAUUUCUUUUAAUAAGCUAUAAAGUUUAAUUGUGUGUCUACUAUAAGAAAACAUCAAGUGUUUUGCCGCAUUAUUAUUACAAUUUUUUUUUCAUUAUAAAAUUAUUCUGUUUUAAUCUUGAUCCUGAAUAUUUUUGUCAUAAAACAAUCAGACGUUUAGUUUUCUUUUUUUUUUGAAAACAAAACUCGAAUUUCGACAUUAAUUGAAUAUCAUGAACAUUGAACAUAGCAGCGGCAGCAACAUUUAUUACGGCAACAUCAAUUCCAAUGAUCCUGUAUUAAAGAUUCUUUUUCUGGACACAUUUUCUCCGCCAAACAUUGCUAAUGAUUCUGAAGAUACAAGUGACAAAAAGGAACCAAACGUUGGUAUCGUACGAUUCUCUUCUAAUGUAGUCAUUCGUGAGAUAAGAAUAAUUCCAUUAUCAACAUUAGUUUCUGGCGAAAGUCUUCGAAAUGUUCAUCUUGGAGCAACUGCACCCUCUUCAUUUGACAUACAUUUUUAUGUGCACGAGAUAAAAGCAAAAGAAUCUUCCACCUUUUUGGACAUUGGAUGUUUCUCCUACAAAGAACAUGAAAGCCACAUAUUCAAACCGGCUGUUUCUUUUGUUACGGAUGGCCUAUUGUUGCGUGGUCAUUUUCAAUCAGUUACAUUAGCCGUUCUAGGUGAAGUAACUAACUUAUCAUCUUUAUCAAAUAAAGAAUCAACUGCAUCCAAAAAAUCAAAUGAUGUAAAUAUUGAUAAUAAUGACGAUUCUAGAGCUAACCAUUUCGAUGGUCUUAUCGUCGAAAUUAAAGAACCGGAUGAUACUCAAGAUCAUUUGGAAACAGAAUUAGACAAACACAUUUGUGACCCUUUGCCAUCGAUUAAUGAUGACAACAUUUCGGCGACCACAUCAGCUAAAUCUCAACAUCUUGUUCAGGAUGUUCAUUCCUUAUCACCUAGUCCGGAAAAUGUAACACGUAUACUAUCGCCAUCACCAUCGCGUCACCAUUAUGGUGGCCUAUCCACAAGUCCACCAGCGUCGACUUUGAAAAGUCAUUCCAAUUCAUCACGAGAGAAUCAAUCGAGAAUAACAACCGGGAAAAAAUCCGCAAGCCACAAAGACUAUGUCGAGGAUGAUGAAGAUGAUGAUGAUGUGCACAAUGAUCGAAAGAAAUAUCGUCCACUUUCAUCAAGAUCAUCCACAAGUUCUAUCUCACCGAGCAGUAAUAAUUAUCCACUCAAAAGUCGUAUCACCUAUUCAUCAUCAUCAAUUGCUGAUAAAAAUUCAUAUACAAAAAGCGGAUCAUUAUCUGACCGACGACAUCGAUCUAGUGUUGAAAGAGAAUCGAAUUCCACGCCAUCGUCUAGUCAUCAUCAUCACUAUCGCAGUGAACGUUAUAAUAAUUCUCCAUCCGCAUAUGAAAAAUAUUAUUCCUCCCAACGAGAUUAUCAUCAUGAACACCAUUCGAGAAGAUCGAGAGAACAUUCAUCUUCAGCAACAACCACCCUAACCAGUCGAUCAUCAAAAUAUCGUUCUAGUACAAAUAAAUAUACACAUGAUCCUUAUCGCACACGUAGCACAAGUAAAGAUGUUGACAGUGAUUAUGAACAUCGACAACAUCGUUCAUCCCUUUAUGGAACAAAUAUUGAUCGUUCAAGAUUGAGCCUUAACCGGCAUCAUGAAAUGGACAAUAAUUAUGAUGAUGAUGAUGAUGAUGACAAUGAUUAUAGGCGACGCCGACAACAACAUCGCAAUCGAAGUAUCAGUCUUGAAAAACAGAAUCGUGAUAAUAGUUCACACAGCCGAAGUAACAUACAUCGUGGUGGUAGUCGUGGCAAUAGCCGUGAUAAUGACAAUUAUUCCAAAACAAUUAAUUCGUGUUCAACCAGGACACGUAAUAAUACUUCUGGUAGCUAUAUAGAUAGCUACAGUGAUAAUAAUAAUCGUGAUUUAAUUUCGCCUAAAUCAUCUUUCACAUCAAAUAAAUAUCGCAGCUAUUCUCAUCAUUCAUCUGGUCAUAUGCGAUCUCGAUCAAGAGAGCGUUCACGAUCAUUAUCACCGAUGACAGUGUCAAGUGGUGGUGGUAAUUAUCGCAAUAAACGUGAUCAUUCACAUCUAGGCACAUCUUCGCAGCAUGAUCGGGAUUCAAAUUCUCGUGAUCAUGAUGAUUCAAUAGAUUCGCCAAAUCGUAAAAAAUCUCGAUACAAUACACUGAUGAAUAUGAAUAUUGCUUCACCUAGUUGUGAUAGUGGUUCAUCACCAAUUUCCGUUGCAAGUCAACAUACUGAAAGCAUGCACUAUACUAAUGAUUGUGGUAAAGGUCCGGACGAUAAUCAACGUACUUCUUCUAAAGCAGAGAUCGAAAGUAUUGCUUCACCCGUAUCACCAAUCGAUGAUGAUUCAACUAUGAAUAUGAUUGAAUUAAACGAUUCACAAUCAUCACCAAACGCACAACCACAAUCAAUUACAUCGCCAUCACCUCUGGGGAACAUAUCGCCACAUUCAUCAAUAUCGAAUAUAUCUUUGGAUCAAUUUGAUUGUGAUUCUAAAACAACAAAUGCAGAAAUAUCUAAUGAUAAUAUCGACAAUGAUGUUAUCAAUGAUAUGGAAAAUGACACAGAAAAUGUCGAUAAAAAUAGUAGUGACAUAUGUAAAAAUGAAAAUAAUGGUGAUGGCGAAUCGAUUGUAUCCAAAGAUGAUGCUCCUAAGGAAUUGUUCGAGCCACUUUCCGGAUCCGAUAUGGAUGAUGAUUUUGACGAUAAUUUUGAACAGAUUAGUACAUCUUCCGAUGUUGAUGCGGACAUUUUGGAUGAUAAUCAAAACCGUGAUAAAACCUGCAAUGAAAAAGCUGAACUUGAAAUAAUUAGUAGUGAUGAAGAAUAUGCCGAUGAUUUGAAUGCGGCAUUAGCCUCGGAUAAAGUGGAAUAUGCUAAAAACUAUUUGGAUACCACUUGCGCUGGUGGUAAAUACGAUGACGAUGAAAUGGAUAGUGCGUUGGAUUUGAACAAAAAUCUUUUCGACCCGUUGGUUUCCAAUCAAUUGUGUACAUUGAAAUUUCCUUUCAAUAGUAAUAAAACGACAACAUUCAUUGAUCUUAAAUUGUUCAGCUCGAUCAUUGAGUUCAUACACGAAAAUUUUUCCAAUCUAUAUUCCGUACAUGAAGAACAAAAUCGUCGAAUUUUUAUUCAAGAAGAUUGGGUGAAAAAUGUAGAAAAAUUGGCUAUUGACAUAAUGAAACUAACCUGUCCAAUAUAUUAUUCAUUCAACGAGGAUUGGGAAAACGUUUCCGGUACCUCUGAACAAGAUUUUGAAAAUUUGAUUCCUAUGCUAAUUUCAAUUACCAAAGAUGGACUUGAUUUUAAUCUUGCACUUGCACAGAAACAAACUCCUUAUAAAGUUCGCCAUUUAAAAGCUGGAAUCAAAUUGCUAAUUGCAUUGUUUAGCUCAUUUGACAUACGUUCAUCAUCAACAAUCAAUGAAAAUGAAAAUGCAAUUCUAUUCAAACGAUUGUUAGAAGAAAAUUUACCAUACGAUUUACUUUCCCUAUAUGACAAACCAUUCUUUACACUACCGCUCAGGUUAUUAAUUCUGAAUGGAUUGAUUGUUAUCUGUGAUCAUGCUGAAGGUGUUGACUAUUUGUGUCAUCGAAAAUUUCAAUGGACCAAUAAUCUUGAUCAAACUAUCAUGAAUGAACACAACGACAAGAAAAUGCCACCAUUUGACGUGGUAAAUAUGAAAGAUGCUACAUGUUAUCAAUAUAUUUUAUCAUUGAUUAUAAAACCACAACAUUCACGUCUAACAUCGGUGUUUGAAGAAUUACUGAACAAAAUUCAUUUAUAUGAAUUGUUUGAAAUGUUUGCCACCGAUGUUAAUAAUGAUGAUGAUCAAUUAUUAUGCAAUUUGACAACCGACAAAUUGGAUUCGUUCCAUGCAAUGUUAUCUCAAAUGAUCACCUAUUUUGAAAUUAUUUCUAAUCGCAUACAUCGGCCAUUACGUUUGCUGCCUAAUGUUUGCCAAUAUGAGAUUAAAACUGCUGUUAAUGCUUCGGUUCCGUUACUCUUACUUUCUACAUCGAAUUCUCGUGUACCGGAUGUGCCCAAUACUGAUCAAUUUGAUUAUAUACAUGAUCGUUUCCAUUGUAAACAAACAUAUUGUUCAUCAUCGAAAAUUGGAUUUUAUGCCCAAAAAUCUUUCUAUCGUUUUUUCAAACAUUUUAACCUAUUCGAUGCUUUGAUUCGUUUUUUGAAGUUCCUUAAAACAUCCGAUCAUACGAGUAAUGCACAUCAAGAUUUUAUUUGUGGGAAAAUAUUAAAAUUGUUAGACAUUAUCACCUCACAUCAGCAAGGAUUGAAAUUUCUGUUGGAAGAUCAAUUAAAUGUUGAUAAAGUAAAUUCGAUUCAUUCAAUAUUGACUGAUUUUUCAUCAAAACAUGAUCAAUGUGGACAAAAAUUUGUCGAUUUUGGCAUCAAAUUCGUCACAAGAUUGUAUACAUUCAAUUUGAUAGACAAAAUACUCUACAAUAUAUAUUCGUUUCAAAGGGAAAACUUGAAGAAAACGACCACACAAAAUAUACUAGUUGAUCCUUCUAAAAAUACUGAAGUCAUUAAUUCGUUAUUGCGAUUGUUCAUGAUGGUACAUUUUGAAAAAGCUAUGUUUCGUGAUGUGGUCGUUUCUAUUCUUACAUUGGAGCACAAUUUUGAUGCUGUUCAUUCAUUCAUAAUACCAAUUACUUCACAAUUUGAUCCAACCAAUGCUCAUUUUUUCAAUGAAAAGAUUUCGAAUAUGGAUCCAACAUCAUUCAUCUAUGCAACCAGAAUUGCGAUCGCCUGUGUUCAAUAUCUACCAGAAAAGAAUCUAUUACAUUUUUAUGAAAUCUACGGUAAAUCAUUAUUAAAGAACAGUGAAAAUGUACAGACAUUCGUACAGAAUUCGUUGAUCAAAUUACAUCGAUCAGAUAUAUUCCAAAGUCAUGCUUUGAAAUAUUCGAUGCUUACUAAUUGGAUAUUGCCAUUGAAAAAUGAUAAUUUCAAUUCACACGAUGAAUUGACAUUACGAAAAUUUGUGACCAUUCUGAAAAAACAUCAUGAUGCUUUUCAGGAAAAAAUUCAAACAAUUGAAAAUUUCCAUGAUCGAGUUUUUUUUAUCGAACCAGAACUUGUUACUGCCAUCAAAAUAUUGGUUGCAUUAUGCGAUCCAAAAGCCAACUAUAUGAAGAAUAAUGAUCCUGAUAUUCAAUUAAAAUAUAAAUAUGCUUUGGUCUCGUGUUAUAGUUUUGAUUGUACUACUUAUUUGUUGACACUAUUAGAAGCAGUUGUCGAAACAUGUGAGAGACCGUCACACCGUACAUUUGCUCAUACGUUCAGUGAUUCGUAUAUAAAUUUGUACGUAAAGAAUUAUUUGAAAAUAGUUACUAACAAUAGUAGUAAUCAACAAUCACAUCAUCAACAGUACAAGGCACAUUCAUUGCAACAACUCAACAAUUCAAUUCUAAAUCAAGGAUCACUAGCUCUUGAAUUUAUUCGACCAAGCGUACGAUUUCUACAGUUGAUUCUAAACAAUUUAACUCAAUCGCUUGGCCAUCGUUUCAAUGAUUCAACACCGAUUCCAGUAUUGCUCAAACUUUACAAUAUGUUGUCAUAUUUUCCAUCUAAUACAGAUGAUAAGGAAUUAGAAUUCAACACGAAAAAAUCUGCUCAAUUGAUUCAACAGCAAAUAAUCGACAUGAUUCUAUCUUUCUAUACAGCUGUUUAUGUGGAACAUUCUGAAUCAUUACGUAAAUCUGUAUGGACAAAAAUGUUGAAACAUGUUUUCGAAUUCAUUUCAUUUGCGCCGAAAUAUUUUGUAUCAGGCUUAGAAAUAUUAUCAAAAAUAUUGCCCACACCAUUACCGUUGAUGAUGAAUAAAUCACUAAACGACAGAGAUACAUCAAUUAUAAUCAAUUAUCGUAAAUUGUGGUCCGCACAUCUUCAUUAUUUUAGUGAUGAUAUUGAAAAUAUGUUCACUUAUCUGCUGUUAUCAAAUUGUUCGUCCUUGCAAAAAUUAUUACGUAUUGUUUGCUAUAAAAUGUGCGAUCUGUUUACCACAACCGUUCUCACUGUUACAAAAUCUAUCACUGAAUUUCUCGUUCAUACUUUGUGUGAUAUUGUUGAUUCAAAAUUCCGAUCAUCGAUCGAUGAUUCAAUGAUCAAAUAUCAUAGCGAUAAUUGUGGGAAAAUUAUCAAUUUUAUUCUGGAUUUAUUCAGUUCGAGCUUAUCAUUUAGAAUCGGCAUCCUGAAUGCCUUUUAUUGGUUUGCCACCAGUUUUGAUGUGGUUCAUAAAAAUUCCAAAAUACAUAAGCUUUUCCACAGAAUGUUUUUCUAUCUCAAUAGAAAAAAAUUUGACAGAAAUUUUAACAUUACUAGUCGAACCUUCGUAACGGAAAUCUUGUGCGAUACAGAAACCCCAGAUGAUGACGAUUUCCUCUCCUUAUUCAAUCAUUUUUUUGAUGCUGACGACAAUGCUGUUUUGGCAUUGAAAACGUUUAAAUUUUCAGACAAACUUACAUCAAAAUUUUUCGUAUCGUGUUCUCAAUCAUUGAACAAAUAUUUCAACGACCGUAAAGUUUAUAUCAUUUGCAACGGUCAGCCAAAUAACAUAAAAGAUAAAACUGAGAAAGAAUCGAAAAUCAAAGAGGAAGAUGAAAUUAUGGAUGUAUGUAAAUCGGUUCUUAAGGAUAAUGACAUUAUAUAUGGUCAUCAAUUUAGUCAACUAUCAAUCGAUUGCCGAAUGCCUGAGCAAUGGCCAUCAUUAAUCGAAAGUCAAACGAAUCAUCGGUCAAUGGUAGAAUUUGGAAUGAAAAAAAUUAAUUGCUUUGAUUUAACUAAAAAAUAUCUGAAACUCGACUGCGAAGGAUUCCUCAAAAAUCUCAAUAAUUAUUAUUCACCAAUUGUUGAAUUACCUGAAACACCCGACAAAUCCACCGAAGAUUCUGUUACAAAAUUGAGCAACAUGAAUCCGCAACCAAAACGUAGUACACUGAGAGGUCGAGGAAGGCCAUACGGACACCGUGGUGAUCCAUUCCGAUCUCGACCACCAAACACAUCAAGACCACCAUCAAUGCAUGUUGAUGAUUUUGUAGCCAUGGAACAACGAUCAGAUACAUUAGUAGUUAGCAAUAAAAAUCGUUCAAACCAUUCAAUUUCACAUCAUAAUUCCAAUGUAAUAUCAACACAUUCAGGAAAUAGCAGUACAAUAUCAUUAUAUGGUGGUAAACAUUCGGAUUAUAUACGUAAGAAAAAUUUCAACUCCCAUUCAUCAUCUCCCUAUCAUUCGAGCUAUUCAAAUUCGAUUAAAAUGAAUAAUAACAACAACAACAAUAAUAAUAAUCUGAAUAAUAACUCUUCCUUACAUUUUGGUAAAUAAUUCUACACAUGUUCUUUUGUAUGGAUAAAUUUUUCACGAAAAAAAUUUGCCUGUCUCUAUCUCAAGAAUUGUAUCUAUAUUUUUAACUUUUCCUCUAUGUUAAAUAGUGAUGUAUCACUGAAAAUACAAACACACCUAUAUCUUUGUCUCCGAAUGUUAAUUUUUUUCUAUUUAUUUUCUCAGAUUUUUUUCAACCAUUAUGAUAAUUUUUUGAUUAUUACAUAAUUUCAACUCAUUCUUACAUAUAUGAACGUUUAUCAUGCAUUUUUCUCU